AUGAGCUCACCACCACCGGAAAGACCGGCGCCGGAGCGUCGCUCGAGCCUGAGCAAAUAUAUGAAGAGGUUAAAGACCCACAUGCGACGGGGAAGCUCGAGCAGAGACGAAUCGACUACUCCUCCUGCCGACCCUACGCCUACUGUCGCCGAGGAGCCCGUUGCUGCUGCUAUACCUGAUCCUGUACCUGAUGUCGUGACGACAACAACAACGACGACGGCCAUUGUUCCGGUAAUAGUGCCCACAAGCACUGGCCCGAUGGUAAUUGAUAACAUGCCGGUAACUUCGACCACCUCCGGGGCAUACUUCCGCAGCGCAAUCCAACAGGAACGCGCCCGUGCUCUUUUCGCCAAGUACGGGCUGACAUUGGAGGACCACGAAUGGAUCACCACAGGCACUACCGCUGUCAGCAGUGAGCGAGUGGAGAAAACUAUCCGGAUGCGCGUCCGCCGCCAGUGCCAUCGCUGCCAGGCAAACUUUGGGCAUGAUAAAGUGUGCUCGAAAUGCGAGCACAAACGCUGCAAGAAGUGUCCUGCCUAUCCCCCAAAGAAAGUCAUAGCUGCGUUGGAAGACAAGGGCAAGGGUGCUGCACUCAAAGAGGGGGAUGCUGUUCCAGUACUCGCACCUAUACCGGCGCCUAUACCCGUACCUAUCCUGCUACCGACACCCAUCGCUGUGCCUGCACCCGAGGCGCCCAAAAAGACUCGCAUGAGAUCUGGCUACCCAAUCCUAACUAAGCCGAGCCCUUCUGGCGGACCGGAUUUCGUUCGCAAACAUGUCUCGCAACGAGUCCGUCGAACCUGCCACAAGUGCGAAGCGUUGUUCGUCCCUCCUACCGAAACGGUUUGUUCCAGCUGCCAGCACGUUCGCUGCGUCCAGUGUCCGAGGGACCCGUCGAAACCGAAAAAGUAUCCCCACGGGUAUCCUGGAGAUGCACCCGCGGAGGAGGAAUCAGAAGUCGAACAACCGCUGCGCAAGGAACGCACAUGGAGAAAGCCUAGACAACGCAUUCGGUGGACAUGUGACAAAUGCUCGACCCUCUUCAUGGAGAAGAGCAAGGUAUGCGGUAAUUGUAGCCACAACCGGUGUGACACUUGCACUCGAGAGCCGCCGAAAAAGGUUAAGAAAGAGUUCGACCCAGAAGUCGUCAAAUCCCUAGAAGAGAAGCUAGCUCGGCUGAAGAUGCCGUAG